AUGCAUUCGCAGGAAUGCAUCACCAACCAAUUUGACGACAAAUUGAAGAAGAUCGACGAAACCGUUAUGUCUAUUGAGAAAGCCCUCAAUGCUGUCAGCAAAACUGUUUCCGAUGAUCACAAUAUCCUGGCAGAAAUCCGUCCUACGAUCAAUGGCAAUCGUGGCUCCUUGGCAGCAGUCAACGGCAGAGUAGACCAGAUGCAAGCUGACAUCAUGGAAUUAAGUAACACCACUGGCCAGACACGUACUGCAGUGACAAGAAUGAGCACCGCCGUUAACGCCACUCGGGACGACUUGCGAGCAGUCAGCAACACUGUCAAAGAAAUUCAGGGUGCCCUGACGGCAGUUACCGUCACAGUCAAUAGGACCCGAGAAGUCGUUAUAGAAAACGGAGUUACUGUCAAUAAUAUUCGGGGCGGCCUGGAAGCAGUCACUCCCGCUAUCACCGACACCCUGGAUAUUGCGAGAGUGGUCAACGGUAUAGUCGACCAGACACACGAAACAGUCACCAACACCCAAACAACUGUUUUGGAAGCAGCCGAUACGAUUGGUCAAACCCGAGAUUCUGUAGCAGUUAUGAGCAACAGGCUCAAUCAGACACAAGCUACAGUGACAGAAAACAACAAAAUAGUCAGCAGAAUUCUGGAUGGACUAGAAACAGUCACUCAUAUUGUCAUCAACACACAUGAAGUUGUUUCGACGACGGAGAACAUCGUUAAUGAGACGCAGCACGCGCUGGCAAAUGUACGCGAAACCGUUACUGGCGCCAAUGAAGCAUUGGCUGCAAUUGGAAACACCGUCCCAGACACCCAUCGGAUUGUAAUAGACGUCAACCGUUCCUUAAACAACGCUCAGAAUACCCUGGGGAUGAUUCGGAAUGGAGUCAAUGACAGCAACAACAAUGCUUUACAAAAUCAGGCCGGAAUCGGUAAUGCGCAUAAGACCGUUCGAGAACUUGUCCUGGAAGUUCGGGCAGGGUAA